GGGAGGGAGAGACCGAAUAUCGCAGGCAGAAGGGAGGGGGAGGACAAGAACUACAGAGAGGCUAAACGACACAAGUGAGCAGUCAAGACAGUUUUGAGUUACAGGAGCUGUGUCUAGUCGGAGAAGUGCAAGGUGGCUUUAGGUUUUCCUCUCCGGCCGCGGGCCUCUGGAGAGGCAGAACCCGGCAGGCCAGCAGGGACAGGAGUCGUAGCAUGGGACACAGUGCUAGCAGCGAGACUGUGGCCCAGCAACCGGCCCAACACAACAUCGACGAUGAGGUUGACCUGCAACAGAGCUCAACAGGAGGUGAUGAAGGGAACUCAAGUGGGGGGACGCCUCCAACCAAACGCAAAGGGAAGUUCUCCAAAAUGGGAAAGAUCUUCAAGCCCUGGAAAUGGAGGAAGAAGAAGCCAAGUGACAAGUUCACUGAAACAUCUAUUGCUUUGGAAAGAAAGAUUUCUGUUAGGAAAAGUCGCCAAGAGCUCAUUGCAAGAGGGGUUCUAAAGGACAUAUCAGAGAAUGAGAGCAACAACAUAAACCACUCCAAAGCUCCACCAGUGAAAAAUGGGCAUCCUGUGCCGGCGGACGUCGACAGGGUGUCCGAAGCAGGGGUGCGGGUAUCUCGAGGGGAGUCGGAGUCCAAGUCGAGUUCCCUCAGGCCGCCCCAGAGAGAUGAAGGUCGAAGCAGAGCGCCGUCUGAUGCUUCCCGAAGUAACCGGGCACCACUGGACGUGGACUCUCACGCACGGCUCCCUGUGGAUGCAGACAGACGAAGCCGACUGCCAUCAGAUCUAGAUAAGAGAGCUGGAUCUCUGCCUCGAGGUCCACACGACGAUAGAUACCGCAGAGAAGAGAGGAGAGAUGGGAAAGAUGACAGGGAAGACAGAGGAAGGAAGGACAGGGAAGACACUGAAGUAAGGGACAGAGAUCAAGGUGGGAAGGAAAGGAGGGACCGGGAUGAGAGGGAGAGGAGGGACCGGGACGAGAGGGAGAGGAGGGACCGGGACGAGAGGGAGAGGAGGGACCGGGACGAGAGAGAGAGGAGGGACCGGGACGAGAAGGAGAGGAAGGAUCGGGAUGAGAGGGAGAGGAGGGAUCGGGACGAGAGGGAGAGGAGGGAUCGGGACGAGAGGGAGAGGAAGGACCGGGACGAGAGGGAGAGGAGGGAGAGGGACGAGAGGGAGAGGAGGGAGAGGGACGAGAGGGAGAAGAGGGAUCCAGAUGAGAGGGAGAGGGAGAGGAGGGACCGGGACGAGAGGGAGAGGAGGGAUCGGGACGAGAGGGAGAGGAGGGACCGGGACGAGAGGGAGAGGAGGGACCGGGAUGAGAGGGAGAGGAGGGACCGGGAUGAGAGGGAGAGGAGGGACCGGGACGAGAGGGAGAGAAAAGAGUACGAUGAUAAAGAAAGGAGGGACAACAAGGAGAGGAGAGAAGAUAGAGACCGGCGACCUGAGAGAGAAAGGAGAGACAAUCGAGAUGAGAGGGAAGACAGGGAGAAGAAGGACCCUCGAGUAGAGAAAGACGACAGAGAUGACAGGGACAGACGAGAAGACAGAGAGAGGAGGGAGGACAGGGACAGACGGGAGGACUGGGCCAAGAGGAACGAAAGAGAGCGACGAGAUGAGGGUGAAAAGGAGGACAAGGAGAAAAGAGAAAGGCCCGGUCCUCAGCGGCCUGUGGAAGACUCUCGGCCUGUGGCCCGGCCUGUCUCUGAGGUGGACUUGCGGCCUACUCUUCAGAAGAGCUCCUCAGAGGACAGUAAAAAGCCUCGUCCUGCCUCAGAGGCUGACCGAAGGAGUACCCUGCCCAGAUACAGCAACCCAGCUGCAGAGUUCAGAGAUCGCUCAGAGUCCACUGGUGUCCGCUUCGCCCCUGACCCUCACCCAACGCAUGGCUCACAGCCGGAACCUCCCCCGCACAAACAAGCUUUGCUCCCCCCUAAAUUCCUCACUUCUUCCAUCGAGUCUGGCAGGAGUCCGACCCCCUCCCCUUCUUCAUCCACCUCCUCUUCUUCCUCCUCGUCCUCUGCCCCCAUAGCCGUGGCCAAGCCGCCCAGGACAGUGUCUCUAAUAGCAGACGACCUGCCACGGCCCCCGCUUGUUGCUGCUUCCUUAGCUGACUCCAACACGCCACCCCCUGUCCCUCCCCAUGCCAAACAGCCACCUGUCCCUCCGCCCAAGCCCACCAACCGAAACAGCAACCCUGCGCUGCUUGCUUCCUCACUGAACAGGGGCUCUAAGGUCAGGCAGCCUUGUUACUGGACAAGCUGGAGACGCCAGAGUGAGCUUGGCCUCUACCUUUCUCUCCCUGUGUACCUGCGCCACAGGGCUAUCCAGACCUGCUCAGCAGAGCUUUCUCAGCCCAGCAGCGGCAUCAUUGUGGUACCAGCACCUGCAAGGCGAUCGCCACCAACCCCUCCAAAAAGGAUGACUCCUGUCACCAAGCGCCAUUCUGCAGAUCCUGCUCCUCCCAGUCAGGUGCCGGAGUCUUCCAACACAGACCCUACCUCUGCCCCUGCACUACCGCCCCCUGCUGUCCUGAAAGGAGAAAACAGUGAGGACAAGUCAAACCCAGCACCACCUCCGGCCUCUGUUGAGCCUCUGCUUUCACCGCCCUCCCACAUACCUCCGUCUCCUCCAAGAGUCCAGUCACUCCAGCUUCCCAACACCGCCUCCUCUGGUCCCGUGCCCGUCGUGCAAACCGAUCCACCCAGCCCCACAACCGAGCCUCCCAGCCACCCACCAAACAUCCCUCUGCACAUCCGCAUCCAGCGAGCACUGGCCAACUCCGGCCCAGCUCAGCCCAGCCCGGACGGCUCCCAGAGGGCUCACUCACUACUAUUCGAGUCGCCUCCAGAUUUCCUCACAGAGGCGGGGGGUAACUCGCGGUACUCUCUUCCUAUAACCAUCGAACCUCUCAGGCUUCCAGAAGAUGACGACUUUGACAUGGAGGAGGAGAUGCGGAAGCUUCAUCCUCAGAGGCCUCAGAGGCAGCCUGAUCUGGAGCCUCGCAGCAGGAGGGGCUUGAUUGGAGACCCCAGAGUGAGUGUUAUCCCUGAGGGUGGAGGUCCCGGGGACAGCGAGGAGGAGGAGUCCGACUCCGACGGCCCCAUUCUGUACAGAGACGAUGACGACGAUGAGGAAGGCCCUCCAAGUGGGCUGGCAAGCCGUGUGAAGAGGAAGGACACGUUAGCCCUGAAGCUGGAGAGACAAGAGAGGGAGGACAGGGAAACUCAGGAGAACUACGACGGUAUGAGCUGGCAGAACAAGGAGCAGUGGAUGGCAGUGAAGAACAAGAUUGGCACCACACUGACAAGGCGUCUGAGUCAGAGGCCGACAGCAGAGGAGCUGGAGCAGAGGAACAUUCUUCAAGCCAAGAAUGAAGCAGACCGACGGCAAGAGAGGUCCGAGAUCAAACGGAGGCUCACCAGAAAGCUCUCCCAGAGACCCACGGUGGCCGAGCUCCAGGCCAGGAAGAUCCUGCGCUUCCACGAGUACGUCGAGUGCACCCACGCCCACGACUACGACCGGCGAGCGGACAAACCGUGGACCAAGCUCACACCGGCUGAUAAGGCUGCCAUCCGUAAGGAGCUCAAUGAAUUCAAGAGUUCAGAGAUGGAGGUUCAUGAAGACAGCAGGAUCUAUACCCGCUUCCAUCGACCCUAGCCAUCCACGCUGAUCAGCAAAGCACUUAGAUCCGGGAGGAACUAGGGGGAGCAGCCUCCCCCCCGCGCUGCUCACUGGGAACUAAGUACGUGGUCCCUUUGGUCCGUUUUUACCCACUGGCUGCCAACCUGAUCCAGGAGAAGACAGCACUGAUAAAUGGAACCAAAGCUAAAGCCACACAUCAGUUCACCCACAGCUUGUUCUCUGACAGCUCUUAGACGGUACAAUGCAGAACAGGAGGAGUUUGAUGGGGCAUUCAUGCUGGAAGUGCCCGGUGCCAACGCUGGGAUGGAGCAGGAGCCCUUCCCCCAACCCCCCCGCCCGUCCACUGAGGGCUUGGAAAGACUUAAAAGGAGGCUUAUCACACUGUCUACUUUAGAAGAACCACUCUCUCAUGCCUUUACCUCCCUUUAAUGUAUAUAUUCCCUCCUCUCUGCAGAACAGAGAGACUGUGCACACUAAGAUCUUUGCAGUUCACAUAAGCACUGUUGAUGGUACCACGUAACUAAGCAAGUUUAAACACUGUCUGUAUGCUUCUAGCCUAAGGUGCCACACAGCACCUGCCUUACUCCUCACACGAACUAACACGCACAACUAAUUUAAGGCUCAGACAAAAUGUGAAAGCCUCAUUUGAAACUCAGUGAUAGCUCUGUUUGGAUCAACAGCUGAGCUCUGUGUGUGGACCCUCGGAGCACUGAUUCCAAACCUGAUAGGUGUGCAUUUUACUGUAUGUCGGUGAUCAUUUUGGUGAUUCUCAUGGAGCACAUAUCACUAGAUUAGUUUCUAAAAAGGCACCUUACGUUCUUUAAUUAGGUGUGUAGACGACGGAAUGGUUUUGAGCCUCUAAUUCUGUGUUUAUAAUUGAAUUAUUCAAAACAGGAAAAUGUACAUAUUUUUUUCCUGACCAUUUUAUGGUACUUUAUAUAUGCAAGUCACUGGCUGCAGUUGUAUAGAUCAAUUCUGUAGAUUUAAUUGACUUUAUAUUGUAAACUACUGACAUAUAAUGCUGACAUGUUUUAAUUGUAAAGUAUUUCUCAAAUGUAAUUUCCCUGUAGCAAUGGUACAGAUAUUAUUUUUUUUUUGAUACAGAGUACUUUAAACUGUUUUUGCAAACACACUGAAUCACUGAACAAUCCACUCAAAUUAAAAUAUGUGAUUUUCAUUUCA